UUUAAUUAAAAAUUCUCGAUUUCCCCUAAAUAAAAGCUUACCUUCGAUUUUCCUUUCUCCGUCCUUACGACAACGAAUCGAUCUCUCUCUCUCUUUUUUCUUUUGGCAGUAAUAGUUUUCUAGAUUCUUCGGGUAGAGGAAGACGGCGAUGGGAACUGGGCGAGAAGUCAGCCUAUCGCUAGAUGGAGUCAGAGACAAAAACAUGAUGCAGCUAAAGAAAAUCAACACUGUUCUGUUCCCGGUUCGCUACAACGACAAGUACUACGCUGAUGCAAUCGCAUCCGGCGAAUUCACCAAGCUUGCUUAUUACAGUGACAUAUGUGUUGGAGCUAUUGCUUGUCGGCUGGAGAAGAAAGAAGGCGGGGCCAUGCGAGUGUAUAUAAUGACACUCGGUGUUCUUGCACCAUACCGCGGGAUUGGCAUUGGUUCGAAGCUAUUGAAUCAUGUUCUUGACAUGUGCUCCAAGCAAAACAUGUGUGAGAUAUACUUGCACGUUCAGACGAACAACGACGAUGCGAUCAAGUUCUACAAGAAGUUUGGGUUUGAGAUCACUGAUACCAUACAAAACUAUUACGUCAACAUCGAGCCAAGGGAUUGCUAUGUUGUCAGCAAGUCCUUUGCUCAAUCUGAAGCCAAUAAAUGACUUGGGGAAGCCAUUCCUCCCCGGUUUGUUUGUUCUGUUCAAUUCAGGGUCUAUUAUUAAUCUUGUGUCUGUUUCCGAGUUUUUGUUGUUGAUCCUAAAGCUAUUCAUGGUUAUAUUCUUACACAUGUUCUAAUGACCUCUUGGUUUUGGACCUUUUUGUUUGAGAAGUUUUAAAACCUAUUUAGCUCUAUCUUUAUUUACCACUCAGUUUUGAGUUUCCAUUCUUAAAUGUUCUAUCUGUCAACAACAAUGAAAUUCUAACGACGCUCAAGAUUCUUAUU